UAGAGGAAGGAGCAGCGAGCGAGCAGACCAAGCAGCCGGAGCCGGAGCUUGAGCCUGAGUUGGGGUGUUUCUCUCCCUCCCGGAUAAUCAUGUCGGUGUCUCCAAGGUCUUGGUUUGUCGGAUCCUGAAUGGCGUUGGUCACCGUACAACGGUCUCCGACCCCUAGCGCUACGUCUAGUCCCUGUGUGUCGGAGACCGGCAGCGGAGAAGAUGAUCAGCGCUGCCAGCAGAGGAGAAUCAGUGAGAGCUUUCUGACUGUGAAGGGUGCCGCCCUCUUCCUGCCCCGUGGGAAUGGCCCCUCCCCUUCCUUCACCCCCCACUCUGGCCAGCAGCACAGCAAGCAUGCAGGUGACCUCCAGCAGCACCUGCAGACCAUGUUCAUGCUGCUCCGUCCGGAGGACUCCAUCCGCUUGGCGGUGCGUCUGGAGAGCGCCCGCACCCAGUGCACACGUUACAUGGUGGUGGUGACCACCAACGGCCGCCAGGAUACAGAGGAGAGCAUGGUGCUCGGUAUAGAUUUCAGCUCCUCUGACAGCACAUGUACUGUAGGUCUGGUGUUGCCCCUCUGGAGUGAUACUCUCAUCCACCUGGAUGGCGAUGGAGGCUUCAGUGUAUCCACGGUCAACAGGGUCCACGUCUUCAAACCUGUAUCUGUGCAGGCCAUGUGGUCCGCCCUGCAGUCCCUCCACAAGGCCUGUGAGGUGGCCCGGUGCCACAACUACUACCCAGGCAGCCUGUUCCUCACCUGGGUCAGCUACUACCAGAGCCGCGUGGCUUCAGGCCAGGCCUGCAUCAACGAGUGGAACGCCAUGCAGGAUCUGCAGUCGCACCGUGCCGACUCGCCCGUGCUCUUCAAUGAUCUGCCAACAGAGCGUGAGCGGACGGAGAGGCUGAUCAAGACACGACUCAGGGAGAUCAUGAUGCAGAAAGACCUGGAGAACAUCACCUCCAAAGAGAUCCGAACGGAGUUAGAGAUGCAGAUGGUGUGUAACCUGCGGGAGUUUAAAGAGUUCAUUGACAACGAGAUGAUCGUCAUCCUGGGCCAGAUGGACAGCCCCACGGAGAUCUUCGAGCAUGUCUUCCUGGGUUCAGAAUGGAAUGCAUCCAACUUGGAGGAGCUUCAGAGCAGCGGGGUGCGGUUCAUCUUGAACGUGACACGUGAGAUCGACAACUUCUUCCCUGGUCUGUUUGAGUACCACAACAUCCGCGUGUACGACGAGGAGGCCACUGACCUCUUGGCCUACUGGAACGAUACCUACAAGUUCAUCUCCAAGGCCAAGAAAGCGGGAGCCAAGUGCCUGGUGCACUGUAAGAUGGGCGUCAGCCGCUCGGCCUCCACGGUGAUCGCCUACGCCAUGAAGGAGUACGGCUGGGACCUGGAGCGCGCCUUCGACCAUGUCAAGGAUCGCCGUACCGUGGCCAAGCCCAACCCCUCCUUCAUGCGGCAGCUGGAGGAAUACCAGGGUAUCCUACUGGCCAGCAAGCAGAGACACAACAAGCUGUGGCGUUCACACUCGGACAGCGACCUCUCCGAGCGUCGGGAGUCCCCCUGCAAGACCCCCCACACGCUCGGCCGCUCGGACCCACAUAAUGACACCAGCAAUGGCCCCCCCUCGCUGCAGAGCUUCUUGGAUACCAUGGACUCCCUGGCCGCCCCAGAUACUGCCCACAGGGCUGACCCGCCCUCGCUUGACUGCCAGGAUGGCUUGGCCAAUCCUGUGGACCGCCCACUCUCAUCACUGCCCCAGCCGCAGGCGGCCACGGUGGUGCCCGAUGAAGGGCUGGACCGUGCAGCAGUGAACGUAGCCAAAUCUGUAUUGGUCGGGCGUCCACACCCGCCCCCAGCCCUGCAUCUCCUGUCCCUCAGUGCAGCAGCACCCCUGGACGUACCCGAGUUGCAAGCAAUCAGUAAGGAUGCAUCUGAGCUGCCUACUGCAGUGCCUGAGCAAAAACGCACAUCUAGCUAUGAGCCGGGUGUAUCCGAGCCCCUGUGUCAGAGUGUAGGAUGUGCUGCCCAAGUGCCUGAAGGAGACACUCCAGGGGCCUCCAUUGCAAACAGAUCCCCACUGGGUACUGAAAAUGACGACCCCGAAGAGACUGAUCAGAGUGGGAUUCCAGCCCCUGCUGCCAAAACGCUCCCCCCGCAGGACCCCACUUCUCCCCCAGGGACUGACAGCAUUGACUUCUUCAGUGCCCGCAAGAAAUUUGUGGGCCUUUCUCAGGGCUCUUCGGUACGCUCUUUUUCGGAGCAGGCACCUCCUCAGACGCCUCACCUCAGUGACCAUCUUCCCCAGCCACAGCUGCUACACCCCGAGGACCCAGCUGUUAUACCUGUCUCUGCUGUGUUGCAGGACGAGGACAAGGUUUUCUCUCCAGCUGUUGAAAGCAGCGAUGGUGCAGUCACGCGGCAACCCCUCCUGGAGAUCGGUCACAUGCUCACUGAGAGUGAGGUGGCCCCCACCCUUGACCAAUCAGGAUCCCACGGGCCCGAGGAGGAGGACGAAGAUGCCGAAUCGCAGCCUGAAUCACCUCGCCUAACCCCACCCCUGAUAUGCCGGCUGUCCCCUGACCGUAACCGUGACCCCGCCCCGGACAGUGCCCUGUGCCCCUUCCUAAUCCCCCUGGCUGGGAGCAGCUGCUCCCUGCUGGAGAGCACUUCCCCUGAGCUUUGCACUGGGCGUGCUGUAGUGGAAGCCUUGACUGCAUGGGAGAGGGAAAAAGAGGGAGAAGCCAGGUUGAUGGGGGAGGAGCCGAGUGAGGAGUGGAUUACCCAUGAGCCUUUGCUGACCAUGUACCGGUACACAGGGGACUUUGAUCCCUCACCCCCAAUUGGCUGCUCAGCUGAGAGCCAUAGCCCUGCACUCAGCUGCCCCUCCUACAAGGAGGUGCUGCAGCUCGAGGGGGUGACGGAGACUGAAACAGACACAGACGCCCCCCCCUGCAUGGCGACGGAGCUGCAGAACACCUGGGAGACCUUGCAGGAGUUGCGGACAUACCUGUGUGAAGCGGGGGGGGAGGCGGAGCUGGGGCAGGGGUGGGUGCAGGCGCAAAGGGGCGAAGGGGAGGUGGCCCAGCAGACCUCCCCAUCCCUCAUGAAGCGCUCCGCAUCCCUGGCCAAGCUGGGCUGCCUGCAGCUUUCGUCCAAUCACCUUGCAGACUGGAGCCCCUCCCUCGCAGAGUCACGCAAGUCAACAAGCCUAUCUGCCUCUGACCCCCAGCUGCACAACCCCCGCAAAAACGCAACUAAGAAGCUUUGCGUGUCUCCCCAGAGCCCCCACUGCCAAUCCCAUGAUGCUACUCUCCCUGUGAAUUUCAGUACGACUGGGGGCUCUGGACACUGUGACGAUCGCUCCCGCUCACCACUGCAGGCCACACCCCUGUCCCAGCAGGCCACACCCCUGUCCCAGCAGGCCACACACCCCCGACUCACUGCAGCAACAUGGCCACAGUAUAAAAUGAUGCACUCCUUGAAGAAGCUGCAGAAGUCAAGCGAAAAGAAACGGACUCCCAAUUUUCUCUACAACACCAUGUGACCCAGGCUGGGUGGGGUCUGGGUGUGUGCAUGGUGAGGUUGGGGGAGGGGCAUCCUGAGGGGUGUGUCCUUUGGGGUGAAUGCAGCCUCCAGUCCAUAUGAAGUGAAUGAGGAGUUGAACCCAGACCUCCGGGUCAGCUGGUUGAGGAGGGGGAGAUGGCUGACCAAUCCGGUGCCUGCAAUCACUACUGGACUCUGUUUACAAAAACCACAUGUCUCAUUUGGUUUGGAUGCCUGUGUCUGUCUGUGUGGGUAGGUUGGUGUUUGUAUAGAUGCAUGGAUGGUAGUUGGUGCAGCUUUCGGUUUGUAAAUGACGGUCAGGAGAGGUUUGUCUUGGACGCACUUUACUCUUGGUUUUUGAAUGUGUCCCUUUUUGAAUACAGUUUCCUGGGGAGUGUGUUUGCUACGUGUGGAUGUCAGCAGCUGUUGUACAGCUGACGGCGGUGAGGGAUUCUGCCUUCACCGUUACAUCUUAAAAUAUAAUAUUGUGCUGGCCGACUGUACAGCACAUCACAACAAUGUCUUUUUUUUAUUCUGUGUUUUUUAGCUGUGAGCAUUAAAGAGAAAAUUUUAAAUAA